CGUAAAGAUGUUUCACGUUGUAUUUAUUUGUUCUCUGAUAUUCCAUAUCCCAGACAUUGAUGGGACGGUUUAUACAGUUGCUAAUGCAACCGAUAAAUUUACCGAUUUUAAGCUAAAAUAUAAUAAACAAUAUAAAAACUUGUUUGAUGAAAGUAAUCAUUAUUUGGCAUUUGUAAACAACUUGAAUGCCGCUGCGGCACUGAAUGCUACAUCGCAGGGGAGCAAGACCGUCUAUGUGAUGAAUAAAUAUGCAGAUUUGGACCCGGCGGAAGUUGAGGAAAGCUACGCUAUUCACUUAAAGACUUAUGAUGCGGUCAAAGAAGGUGAUCAUCAGGAGGCAUUAAGAAGUGAUCAUGGAAUUGAAAUUAAUGACGAUAAUCUGUUUAAUUUAAAAGAUUCAGACGAACUUUUUCAAAAGUAUAUUGAAGAGGAACACAGAAGCUUCAAGGACAAGCGCGAUGGCUUUUUACAUUUCUACAGAUUUGUUAAAACACUGGCACAGAAAAAUAGAGGCAUCUACGAAGGCAGCGAUACUCCGGACCUUGGGCAUUCUGCGGAUAUAUUGACUCAAAGCAAAGAGUUCUUUUAUUAAGACUCCACAAAGGCCGUCAU